AUGGCAACCAUCCAAACCAACAAGAGCAUUGGUCUCGUGACCCACGACACUGGCUCGCCUGAGCCCAGGAGUCCUAACGGAACGGUGAAAGCCACCAGCUCAAAGGUACCAGCCCGCAAGAACAUCUCCGGAAAAGGGGUGAAACGCAGUUUGGGCGUAGCUUCAGACGAGGCACUCGGCAAUGAGGAAGACAGCAGCGCCGACGAGGCGGACAAGGACGACGACGAUGAGCCAAACGAAGAUGCCCCGUCCGGCGGUUUCGGCAUGGGCAGAGGCAAGCGGCCUGCUAUCCACAUUGAGCCCGCCGAUGCAGAGAGGAAGGACGACCGCGGGACGGGGCUUGAUCAAGAGGGUCUCCUCACCCCUCUAUCCAAAAAGCGCACUUUCAGCAACACCGACAUUUUUGCUGCGUUUGAUGAAGACGCGAUGAGCGGGAAUGAGAAAGAAUCUGCUUUGGCGUACCCCCGCAAAAAGCUGAACAGGAAGUUGAGCAACAAUCCCAACGGCCUCCUCGCAUACGAGGCCUUCCGCAAGGGCAGCAUUGCGUCUGAGGAAGGUCCGUUGAUUGAAUCAGAGAACGCUAUUGACUCCUCCGAUGACGACGAAAUCUACAAGGCUGUGGAGGAUAUCGACGAAUCGGAUAACGAUGAGUACAUUGACGAGAACCUGGAGGAGAAAGCUCUACGGGAUGCGCUGAACACGUCCGACAACGAGAGCGAUUUUGGCGAUGGCCCGGACGUCUCGAUGUUGCUCGACAGCGGAUAUCUGGAAGGCAAUCUCCUCGACAUGGGCGACGAUCAGAUACUCGGACUUUCUGGUGAACAAUGGGCUGGCAUGGAGGAGAUAACCCCCGUCCAAUCAAACACUUCCACGAGGCGUGUGCGUUUCGACGAUAACGUGCACGCCGUUUCCGACGUCGAUAGUGACGACGAAACGUCUUCGGAAGACCUCAACAGUUUCUUUCCCGAUUUAUUCCACAAGGACAAUCAAGCGCUCUCAAGCUUCAGGCAUAGCCAAGAUCUGGACGAUAUUGAUUAUUUUGACGAGUCAACAGCUAGCGAUAGCGAGAGGUCAUACUGGGACUUUGGCGACGAAAAGGAGCUAUCCAGUAAUUCGAGUGACCGAGAGCACGACGUCCACACGGAGUCUGGCUCUGAGUCAGAAGCAGGCUCCAGUGGCUACGAGACGGAUGAAGGUGACACCACCGAUGAGGACCUACCCCCGCCACCCACCAUUAACAAGCCAUCACGUGUCCACCGUGACUCAUCUUCUUCUGCCGGCUCCGCCACCCCGAAGCCAUUUCCGCGGUCUAAGAGACAGCCUCCGGCAAAAUCAUCGAAGCGGAAGGGCCCGAUCAAAGGCUUCUUCACUCUCGAUCCGAGGAGAGCUAUUGCCAUUCUGGACAGUAGCGGAAAGCGCAUGGUUCUAAGACCUGCUCGUAUUUCGAACAACCAGUUCUGGACUGCCAGUACCGCGAGUAGCACUGCAAACAACAGCCCUCGCAGCGAACUGCAGCAGCUGAAUGGCGAUGACAGCGACUUCAGCGAUGGCAACACAAACUUCGCAGACAUCAUGCUCAGUGGCAUUUACGGAGCAGCUGGCGGCCUCAACUAUCCCAUUGGCCCCCCGGAAGCGUUCUAUCCAUUCGUCGGCAUUGAUGCGGAUGGCACGAUGGAAUUCGAUGACGAAGAUGACGACGACAUAGAAGACAUGCUCGACGUCAACGACUUCAUCGAUUUUGGCAACCAGAGUGAUUCUGACGAGGCCGAUGAGACCGAUGUGCCCACUGCAGCCAAUUCUCCUACCAAGGCUCAUGCGGGUCAUACUCCCGCCAGGGCUGGUCUUUCUGCAGCCCAUGAGAUGAGCCAGAGGAUGCUUCAACACUUCGACCGCGCGAACGUGAAUUCGUUCAGGAGGAAUCAGAACCGUUACCGCGAUGUGGCUCGUCUCCCCGACGAUCCUGCUGCUCGCGCGCAGGCCUCUAGGCCUGUGCGUACUGGAGCCUCGGCCGAUGCCAUCAUCACUCCGAUGCGAAAGAAAAAGAAGUCGAGUAAUAUGGGCGUUCCGCGUGCCAGUCCUCUUGCCAAGAAAUCUGGUCUAAUCGCUGGCGCUUUCACUCCUCGCCGUCAUUAG